GUUUCUCAUUGAAGGGCGAGAGCUCUUAGUUCCGGUGUAAAAGAAAGAGACGUGGCGAAAUUGCUGUAUAUCUCUGCCCUACAAGCACAUCUUUCUUUUACACUGAAGGGGACCAAGGCAUCGAAAAGGCUGCGCAAACCAUGCAGGAUGAUUUACUGAUGGACAAAAGCAAAGCCCAGCAGCAGCGGCAGCAAGAUCCAACCGCAGCAGAAGCCCCUUCUACGCCCAUCGCUUCAGAGACACCCAAACCGGAGGACAGCAACCCAGCGACUAGCAUCGGCUCAUCGGCUCCUGCCCAAAAUAGCAAGGAAAAGAUGCAGAUGGAGUCCCCCAUCUUGCCAGGCUUAAGUUUUCACCAGCCUCAGCAGGAACCUACGGCUGGCACCUCCUUGUCUCCCUCCUUCGGAAGCACCUGGUCCACUGGAACCACAAAUGCUGUGGAUGAUAGCUUUUUCCAAGGGAUUACCCCAGUUAAUGGGACAAUGCUUUUCCAGAAUUUCCCUCAUCACGUCAAUCCUGUUUUUGGAGGCACUUUCUCCCCCCAGAUCGGCCUAGCUCAGACUCAGCACCACCAACAGCAGCAACAGCAGCAGCAAGCCCAACAGCAGCAAAGGAGAUCCCCGGUUAGCCCUAACCAGGCACCUUUUGCCCAGAGAAAUGCCGCUUAUAGCCAUCAGCCCAUCAUGACCAGCAAGCCUUCCUCCUCCUCAGCCUCCACCUCUUCCCCUUCCAGUUGGAAUAACCACCAAAACGCAGCCUGGAGUACUCCUUCUAAUCCUUGGGGUGGGCUGCAAGCUGGCAGGGACCCUCGAAGGGCAGUAGGUGUGGGAGUUGGGGUGGGGGUUGGAGUUGGGGUACCGUCCCCACUCAAUCCCAUUUCGCCUCUGAAAAAGCCCUUCUCCAGCAAUGUCAUUGCUCCACCGAAGUUCCCAAGGGCUGCUCCCCUAACUCCCAAAUCCUGGGUGGAAGACAACGCCUUCAGGACAGAUAAUGGCAACAAUCUGUUGCCUUUUCAGGACCGGAAUCGGCCCUAUGAUACUUUUAACUUGCACUCUUUGGAAAACUCAUUAAUGGAUAUGAUAAGGACUGAUCAUGAGCCUCUUAAAGGUAAACACUACCCUCCCAGUGGCCCACCAAUGAGUUUCGCUGAUAUUAUGUGGAGGAAUCAUUUUACAGGUCGUAUGGGUAUAAAUUUUCACCAUCCGGGAACAGAUAACAUUAUGGCUCUUAACACCAGGAGCUAUGGGCGGAGACGAGGUCGCUCUUCACUUUUCCCUUUUGAAGAUGGCUUCUUAGAUGACAGUCAUGGUGACCAGUCUUUAUCUUCAGGUCUCAGCUCUCCAACUCGUUGUCAGAAUGGUGAAAGAGUGGAACGCUAUUCUAGAAAGGUGUUUGUUGGGGGUCUGCCCCCUGACAUUGAUGAAGAUGAAAUCACUGCCAGCUUUCGUAGGUUUGGACCUCUUGUAGUGGACUGGCCUCAUAAAGCUGAAAGCAAAUCGUACUUUCCACCUAAAGGGUAUGCCUUUCUGCUAUUCCAGGAAGAAAGUUCUGUGCAAGCUCUGAUAGAUGCCUGUCUGGAAGAAGAUGGGAAACUUUACCUAUGUGUAUCAAGUCCCACCAUAAAGGACAAACCAGUACAAAUUCGACCUUGGAACCUAAGUGACAGUGACUUUGUAAUGGAUGGUUCUCAGCCUUUAGAUCCCAGAAAAACUAUUUUUGUUGGAGGAGUUCCGCGACCUCUUCGAGCUGUUGAACUAGCAAUGAUUAUGGAUCGUUUGUAUGGAGGAGUCUGCUAUGCUGGCAUUGAUACAGACCCUGAGCUGAAAUACCCGAAAGGUGCUGGUAGAGUGGCUUUCUCCAAUCAGCAAAGCUAUAUUGCUGCUAUUAGCGCACGCUUCGUCCAGCUCCAACACAAUGACAUUGAUAAACGGGUGGAAGUGAAGCCAUAUGUGCUUGAUGAUCAGAUGUGUGAUGAAUGCCAGGGCACUCGCUGUGGUGGAAAAUUUGCUCCGUUCUUCUGUGCCAAUGUUACCUGCUUGCAGUAUUACUGUGAAUACUGCUGGGCAAGCAUUCACUCUCGCGCUGGGCGAGAGUUCCACAAACCACUUGUGAAGGAGGGAGGGGAUCGGCCACGCCACGUUCCAUUCCGUUGGAGCUGAAGCCCGGGCCUAAACCCAGGAGCAAGUACUGGAGCUGACGAAAUUGAAGGAAGACGAGUGCUGCCUCAGGGCUUUGGUGUUCUGGAAAUCUGUGCAUUCAUCCUUGACUAUAAUGAAGAGAUGGGUCUUUUAUUAUGAUGAUGAUUAUUAUUAUUUACAGUCACAUUACUGAACUCUGUGUCCAGUAUAAUACAAGCCUAGCAGAGUGUAACUGUACUGAUUUUUGCACUUUGAUUCACACAAACAUCUGCUUGGUACCUUAAUUUCUUACACAAGAUUUGUCACGCGUGACAAUAAGUAGACUGCCAUUCUCAUUGACCUCCCGUGGGUUGAUGUGUAUGCGAUGGAAUUUUUUUUAAAAUUAUAAUUAAUUUUAUUUUAAAACUGGAGCAUGCACUUAUUUUCAGAAACGUAGACUCGCCCCUAGCGGAUGAUUUACCAAAGGUAACACUCACAAGUAGGUGGCAGAUGUAGCAAAAACUUCAAAUGGGUAUUCAGCAAUCGUUAGUGUGGGUCACUUAAAGUAGGAAU